AUGAUGGGCUACACUAUAUUGGAAGUGGAAGAUAUGCCAGAAGUACUUAAAAACAAACCUCGUUGGGUGACGUGCGUGGCUAUCGCGAUAGCAGUUAUCACUAUAACUGCAUCCGCCGUGGCUGUGGGCGCCUUCAUAGGCUACACAUACUGCUACAUCGAACACCGGACUAUGUCAGGUAAUAUGACGCACUCGGUGAGCUUCCAAGUUGUGAUACCGCACGUUCAGGACACCGAAGAGAUGAAAACAAACAGGACUAUUAACGGCGCUCUUACUGGAGUACUUAUAUCAAGGCUUCUCAACAUUGGCCAGGAUUUUAUUUCCCAGGAUUGUGCUUCUAUGCCAUUUAACGAAACCGCAUCAGAAAUGUUUCACCUCACACUCUGA